AUGAUUGCCAGCUCGCUGUCUCCAGCCACGUCGCGGACGACAAAGAAGUCGCUGCCGAACGAGUGGUACGUCGCCUUGGAAGCGACGUCCCGUGAGCGUUCGUAUGUUCAGGCCAAUGGCGUGACGCGUGAUGGCACUCACGCUCUCACCGUCACCGUUAUACUCAUCCUCCCUGACCUUCACUUCAUGGAGACAGCGUCCGAGGAGGACAUCCGUCUUUGGCUGGGACAUGCGCAGAAGCGCUUCCAGGAGCUCAGUGAAAGAAUCUCUUGCUUGGAAGCCGAGAACGAGCGCCUGCAUGGCCUACAUGAAAAGACUCAAGAAUGCCUACUCCAGAAGAAAGCUAUCUUUCAGCAGCUAUAUGCCACUAUGGUUACGAUGAUGGAGGAGGAUGUUUCCCUUUGUUCUGUUAUUCGAACUCUACAUUUGAAUCUGAACAAAUGGGAGAACAAAGAGGCUACCGUCGCAAAGGGCCUGGACAUUGGUCCCAACCUACCUUUCAGGCAAGAGCUAUUGGAUCUGGCCGACUCUUGCUACAGACUAUGCCCUGAUGAGAGCAAGGACUGA